UAAAGUUUGCUGUUAGCGGGGCGGGUAGACUUUUAGCAAAGAAAGGAAGCAAGCCUCGCAGCGGCGGCGGCGCGGCUGCAGGACGCGCUCAUCCUUCUCAGACCAUGGCCUCGGCCGAACUGGCCCAAAAGCUGCAGAGACGCCUGCUUCGAGACGGCAGCACCUCGGAGGCGCCUCCUGCAGAAGAGGAUGACUGUCUCGCCCCUGAACCGGCAGGGUCCGAAACGAACCCCGAGGACCCGGCCGAGGACCGCGGCGCGCUAAACGCCGCUGCUGACCCGGAGCUGAGCGCCAAGCUGAGUCGCAGGCAGGACAUCAACGCGGGCGCGGCACAGCCCCGCCUCGCCCAGGUCUUCAAUCCCUACACGGAGUUUAAAGAGUUCACUCGCCGGCAGAUCAAGGAUAUGGAGCGCUUAUUUAGACUGUAUGACUCUGGGAAGGAUGGAUACAUUGACCUUAUGGAAUUGAAGCUGAUGAUGGAGAAACUUGGUGCACCUCAGACACAUUUGGGUCUGAAGAAUAUGAUCAAGGAAGUGGAUGAAGACUUUGACGGCAAGCUCAGUUUCCGUGAGUUUCUGCUGAUUUUCCAUAAAGCUGCAGCUGGAGAACUUGAAGAAGACAGUGGAUUGAUGGCUUUAGCAAAGCUCUCUGAAAUAGAUGUGGCCCUUGAGGGAGUAAAAGGAGCCAAAAACUUUUUUGAAGCAAAGGUUCAAGCUUUGUCUUCAGCAAGCAAAUUUGAAGCAGAAAUAAAAGCAGAACAAGAUGAGCGAAAACGUGAGGAAGAGGAAAGACGGCAUCGCAGAGCAGCCUUCCGAGAACUCAAGUCAGCAUUCAGUCAGUAAUUGAAACAACCUGUCACCAGAAAUUAGUGUACAUUCUUACAAGCUUUGUCUGUGAUUAGGCAUCCACCUAGACACCUAGAUGGAAACAAGUGAUAUGAAGCCCCGCCUCCCUUUUUGAAGUUCCUGUUUAGGUGCUGGAGGAUAUGCCACCAAUGGUGGCGUUCAGAAGUUUGCAAAUGCUAGAUGUGAUUCAAAUAGGCUUUAUGCUCUAAUAAUAAUUGCUUAGAAGAAUUAGACAUCCUAAUAAUGAAGUCCCAUUGGCAGAAGAUUGAUGCUCCUGAUAAAUAAAUUGAAUACUGGCAAUUUCCUUCUUCGUCAUUCUGAACAACCCUGCUUCAACAGUUAUAAAAUGUUCUUCAGAAUUUCUUUCUAUGUAAUGCUUGGCUCUGCUUUAUUUUCACAAAAAGACCUUGCUUCUCAGAUAAACUGGAAUGCCCUGAUCCCUGAUUUCCUUCUAAGUGCUCUGUUUUUUUUAGAAAACAAGCUUCUGGGUGAUACUAGGGGAGGAUGGGAUAAAGGGAGUUUCCCCCUUGUUAGAUUUGGGCUGGGAUCCAAAUAUAUUCUUACCUGAAUGGCAGCCACGUCUUUUGAUUCUGCUGCUUCAACCUUUUCCCCAGCUUAGACCGUAAGUACCUUUCCAUUUUUCCAUGACUGUCAUGAGAAAAUGUUCAAGGGACACCAGAGGCUGCAGCUGGAAAGAAGAGACGGGAAAUCCAUACUGCACAAGUGGAAUUCGAUAUGUACUUUUCUGGAUCGAAGCUGCUAUUGAAAAAUGCUGAAUACAUAUCAAGGGCACAACAUUCAUCAUGCAGUUUUUCCUCCUUUCCCUGUAACAGAGCGAGGAACAUCUCUGAUCUUAAGCCUUCUGCCUGUACUUUUGCGGUCACAUUCCUUUGUAUUACCUGCAAGGGACCAUAGCCCUUUUUUUCCUUUUUCUUUCUGUGUAUUUUAAGUCAUUGAGUUUUAAGAAGUAAUGAAACUUCUAUCAAUAAGAGAUGAAGGGAACAGUGUAGUUCAGGGCAUGUUAGCUUUCCACUCUGGAAAUCCCUAUGCUACUUGUGGAUCCUUGUUGAGAAUUAAACUCCUUUUUGCAGAGUUACCACUUUCAAAAGAUGUUGAAACUAUUUGCCAGUUCCAACAGUUUGUUUGCAAGAAAAAUACAUAUUUCAAAGCAGAACCUGUAAUAUAGUUCAGCAAGCUUGUACUGUAUACAGAUUUACACCUGUAUAUAAGUCUGCAUACAUAGAGAAGAAAAAAUGUUUGCUGCUUUACUAAUCUUGUCAUCAGAUUGCAAAUGAACAUUUCAUCUGUUUCUUUGUUUUCACUUCUCAUGUAGCUUUUUACACCAUGAUACUAAACUGUGACUGCAGAAUAAUAAAAAGCAGCCUGUUGAAUAUACAAUAGUGGGUAAAAGAAUUGCUAGCAAUUAAAACUGUAUUUGCAAGUCCACAGCUUAUAUUUGAUAAAAAUUGCAUGUUUUAGCUAAAAAUAUUUAUAAUAAAUGUUUUUAUACAU